AUGGAAUCUUCGAACAAAAAGGAGGAGGAGAAAAUAGGUACUCCUACAGCGCAGCGGGUCAGCGGCCGAUGCAUCAAGAGACCCCGCAAAGAUGAUGAGACAAACAACAGUCCCAAAGUUUGUGUCCGGCGACUGCAGCAUCAUCAGCAACAACAGCCGCAGGGUCAGCAGCCUCAGCAACAACAUCAUCAACAGGGGCAGCAGCAGCAGGGACAACAACAAGCACAGCAGCAACAUCCGCAGCAGCAGCAGCUGCCAAACCAUUUACACCACCAAGAUGGUUCAGUCACAAACCCGGUCUCGAGCCCAAAAUCAACUCAUCCCGAAAAGACUCGACGGUCUUGGGAUCUUUGGACACACGAAUCUAAGAACUGGUUCUUCGACGCGCUGUGCGAGUACGGGAAGGAUUUCGACGCCAUAUACAAUAGCAUGGCCGCCAAAAGUCGCAAGAGCAAAACUCAGGGCGACAUCGCAUUCAAAAAUAAAGAUCAAGUCCGCUACUUCUACUAUCGGACGUGGCACAAAGUUUCGAAAGCCUUGGGAGAUCUCGGCGAUACGAAGAAGAGCGUGCAAGAAAUCUACGGUCUGGUGAACUACUCGGAGAUGAGGAAAAAAAUCGGUUUCAAAGCUCUAAAUCCCACGAACGCGCCCCGUCUCCUGGAGCUCGUGAUGUCGGGUCAGACGACAAUUAAAGUCAAAGGGAAAAAUCUUCGUAUCAAAACGCCGGUGUGUCGCGCGCUGAGGAUGGUCAACAACGUUCCCGAUAAGUACAAUGAAGGUCCCAAAGUCCCCACCCAAGUCACGGUGGAAAUGCGUCCGGUAGAUAACGCAGCCUGGACGCAUGUGCAAUCGUUGGCGCACAAUCCGCGCGUAAAAAUUUCAUGUGGGCCCCAGAGGAAGAUCGCGUCGAUCGUCGACUUCAUGGAGAGUCGAUGGCAACCCGUACAUUUACGGAAGAAAAAUUCGCUGCUCGCUUCCCUCGAAGGUCUAGAAACUCCUCAGGAGCUGAAGAACUCAAUUUUCAAAUACGCGUCGCCACAGAAACUGCAAGUCCGCGUUUUCCCGAAUCAAGUCCUCAAGCCCCUCGAAAUCACGCUGGCAGACACGUACAGCAGUACGGACGUAAGUUUGAGCUCCUAUCUGAAGCGCCUCGAAGCGAAGUCGGACGAUCAAUCUCAGCUACCCUCGACGAGGAACGAAUCUUCAGAGGGCUCGACAGCGAAUGUCGCGCUCCCCCCACCCACAUCCCACAAUGGUAGCAAUAACAACAACAACAAUUUACACAUUCACCCGAACAACAACCUCAACAUUAAUCACAAUUCCGCAGGUGCGGGCAGCAACCUCAAGAACAAUAUCGUUCCCAAUUCUCCCUCAACAAACGGUUCGACUUCGGUUGCUCAGAACAGAGCCAAAUGCGAUAAUCAGCCCAAGAAAGAAGUGAACGAGCACGGUUUCUUCACCGGAUACGGGAAAAUAUCCGAAAUCAGCGUGACGACAUCGGUCGUCGACGAGGAAGCCUGCGAUGGACUUCAAGCUCCGAAUCACACGACUCAACCGGCUUCGACCCCUUCGAGCUCGGGUGAUGACAAGGCAGAAAAGGACGGUCCCGUCGGACCGGGUUACACGACGGAUUCUCUUUCGGUGAUGACCGUGGGGGAUUUUUACCUGAGACUGGGUUGCCCCGAAUCGAUUGUUCUUUAUUAUAAUUUCCACGGGGACGACUAUCCCGCGCCGGAAAACCGGGCGAAGAGCGUUCUCGAUAAACUGAUGACCGUUUUGUCGGCAAGUGUCUGUGAUAGAAAACUGGCUCAACCCAAACCAACAGUGGCAGCCGCAGCAGCGGCAACAGCAACGCCGUCUACGUCGACGAUCGCACCUAAGGCCAAACGUGAUAGGUUAGCUGACAGAGCUGUCAGGGAUCAGGAGUUCGCGGUACCGCUAGGGAUGGCUCCUCGCGUGACGAAAAAAGACGUCGUCACGCUGGAACAGACAAUCAAGAUCGAUUUGCCGCCUGGCAACCGUCGACAUCGCACGAAACGCAAACCGAUAUCUGCCAUGAUGAUUCAGAGAGCAAUACAGCCGAGAACAGACCCCAUCCCUACGAACGGUGUUGCACCGCAGAGCGUACCCGACGGAGUGGUCAUUCGAAGCAUAAUGCCCGGUGCAGCCAUCGAGACCACGGCACUCCCACCAUCGGCCGCACCGGCGGCCUCGGUCGCGGUUACAGUUCCAGCAGUUCCUUCCGUUGCUGUUGCACCGACACCGCUUCCUGCCGCCGAUUUCUCGAUGGUCUCGGCAGUUUCCCUCGAAGGAUUGAUCGGUCACGCGGAGAGCCAAGCUUGCCCUCAAGACGAGAUGCACAGAGACACUACCCUCGUCGACGACCGUCUCGAGACCCCGAAAAAAGUUUUCAGUUUCAACGAGGAACCCAUGCCGUCUCCGUUGCCCUCGUUGGAUUAUCCGCCGCUUCUCGCGACCCCCACAAAGCAGUGGUUGAACGGCGAUACCUCGAAUUUGUCGCUCGGAUCGCUUCUGAACGUUUUGGAAUCGCCAAUGAAGUCCCACACAGUUGUCGCCGAUUCAAACUCGAACCUUGAAUCAAAACUGCCUGAUGUUGAAAGCCAUUUACAAUCCCUCAUGAACGAGUCGAGCUUAGACUACAUGACGAAGUUCGCAGAUCUAGCUGCACAAAUUGCUCGACAGCCUACGGGAACGUCGGGAACGCCAGGGGACUUAGUCGAAAAUAAACUACAACGGGGGUUUUUUAACGAUAAGCUACGGGAUGUUCUGUCGGUCAGCGGGAAACUGGUUGUCAGGGAGGUAUCUAAUCCAUCAUACAUCAUCUCGUAUUGUAUCUAA